CCCUCCCUUCCAGUCCCAUGGCUAUGGAGAUCAGAGCCCGUUUGGCAGCAUGGGAUUUCGGGAUGUCGCUCAUGUGGGCAUGGUCGGGGGCCCUCACGAGGCUGCUGGUGCACGGGUUCGGUGACGGCACCGUGGCGGGGGAGGUGGUGAAGGUUUCGCUCUACGUGGGCUCGCUAUUCUUAUCCGCAUGGGUGGGGAGGGUCACCGGUGGUGGAUGCGGCAACCCGCUGACCCUGUUGGUGAGGUCCGUCUCCGAUGACUUUAAUGACCUCUCCUUCACCGUUCUAGCCAGAAUUCCUGCUCAAGUAUGUGGCUCCAUUGUCGGGGCCGCCUUAGUCACCCUCAUCCUCCCUGAGUUCACCUACAGUGAUCCACUGAAGGUCGGCAUUGCUCAAGGGGCACUCACAGAAGGGUUUCUUGCCUUUGGAAUCGCGUCCGUCUCGCUCGCACUCACGAGAUACGACCCCAAUGACUUCAUCGUCAAGACAUGGAUCCACAGCAUGUCCAGGCUCACUCUCCGCAUCCUGGGCUCGGACCUAACUGGAGGAAUAAUGAACCCUGCCUCGGCAGCAGGCUGGGCGUUCGUCCUAGGCAACCAAACUGCGAGGCAACACCUACUCGUUUACUGGAUUGCACCUAUUCAGGCGACCAUCUUAGCAGCAUGGGCGUUCAGGUGGCUCAUCCAGAACGGCCGCAAGCAGGAGAAGCGGCCACAGUUCAUGGUAUCCGUCCCCAUCCCUCGUCGUCUGGACUCAUCGAGCAGAAUCCUGUCUAGGAGGACACACAAAUUUCAAUAGCAAAAGGCUUUCUACAUGAGGGGCGUUUUUUUUUUAUAAACCAUGCAGUGUAAAUCAAAGUCUCAUGUGUUAUAUGGCCUCCUUUUUUUCUUAAGA